AACAAACUCGCCAACUAAAGGAACGGAGAAACGCAGGAGUCGUGCACAGUUUAUUUUCUAUUAGUAUUUUUUAUUAUUUAAUAGUAGUUUUGCAAGUAUACCAAUCAUGUCGGACUCGGAAGAAAGCAGUACCGCCCCGACGCACACCACAGAUACGGAGGAACAAACGCAGCAGGAGGGGGGCGAAAAUGGAGAAAAGAAACAUAGUGCGAUCGUGGCCUCACAUUACAACAAGCUGGAGGAUCGUGGACUGGUUGCUCGGAAAAAGUCGAACAUCUACUUUAUGCGCAACUUCAACAACUGGAUCAAAAGCGUGGUCAUAGACAAGUAUACCACGCUGGUGAAGGGCAGGACACCGCUCGGCUCACCGUUCCGGGUGUUGGAUAUGUGCUGCGGGAAAGGCGGCGAUCUGAUCAAAUGGGCUAACGCGAACGUGACGCACCUGAUCUGCACGGACAUUGCGCAGGUCAGCCUGGAGCAGUGCGAGAAUCGCUUCAACACAAUGGACCAAUGGUCGCGGGACAGUCAGCGCCGGCCGAAGGUGGAGUUUUUCGCGGCCGAUGCGACCCUGCAGCAGCUCCGCACCAAGUACCGCGAUCCCUCGAUCAAGCUGCACCUGGUGAGCUGCCAGUUUGCGUUUCACUACUCGUUCGAGUCGUUCAAGCAGGCGGACUGUAUGUUUAAGAACGCGGCCGAAUGUCUGGAGGAGGGCUUCUACUUCAUCGGCACGAUGCCGGACGCGAACGAAAUCAUGAAGCGGCAGCGAAGGGCCAUGUCGGACACGUUCGGCAACGAUAUCUACCGCAUCCAGUUCCUGUGCGAUACGGACAAUCCGCCACUGUUCGGGGCCAAGUACAACUUUCAGCUCGAUGAGGUGGUGGACUGUCCCGAGUUUCUGGUCCACUUUCCCACGUUCGAAAAGCUGGCGCUGAAGCACGGUCUGCGGCUGGUGGAGAGGAAACGGUUCGAGGAAGUGUUUGACGAAAACAGCAGCCGGAAGCAGGGACUGCUGGAGAAGAUGCAGGCGCUAGAAAUGUACCCACCACCGUACGGUCGGUUCAACGGGGACGACCAGCGGAAAGAGCCGGAACAGUAUCAGCAUGCGGAGGAGUACGGCCGGCAGAUGUCCAACCGACAUCAGUUUCGCGUGGGGACGCUGUCGCAGAAAGAGUGGGAAGCAGCAACACUUUAUCUGUUUUUUGCAUUUCAAAAAAUGAAGACCAGCUACGACGCGAACGGUAUGCCGGUCUAUUCCUGAGUACGCCAAAAUGGGUGGUGCUAGAUUCUAAAACAAAUAUACAUUUGGUAAAUAAAACGAUAUUUAAGUAUCGGAGCAUGUUGCAAUUGGAAAACGGUA